UUGUGUUGCACUCGUUGCAGUAGGAGGGUCCAUGUGCACCGAAUGACGUCGCUCUGACUUCAAGUCCGACCGACUCCUUCGUUUGUUUUUAAUACUCUUUUCCAUCCAGGGCCCCGGAUCGCUAAUCUGCGAAAUUGCGGCCAUAAUGUGAGAUCAUCUGCCGCUGUCGUCCGACCCGUCGCUGUCGUUCGUCCUGUCAGGAGCGAGAACCCGCUCCGCUGUGGAGGAUUACUACUGAUAAUACGCAGUCCACUUCUCCAGUGUGCGUCCUCAGCUGUCAAACUGAGAAACUAUGUAUUGGGAAGAGUAGACAGAGCACAUUUGUUGAUAUUUAUUGACUUUGCAUCGCGUGUCUUUUUUUUUUUUCCUCCUUCUUGUUCUUCUUCUUGUUCUUCUUCUUCUCUCUCCCCCCCCUGUCCUCUGGAUUUAUCGCUGCCCAGCAACACGGCCACCUGACAACUCUGAAUGUCGUAAUUAAGGUGAAUCAAUGAGCCAGCAAUGGAGACCAAAAGAUACCAAAGUUUCUUUGAUGGAAGCGAUACAGAGAACAGAUGGUCGCAGGUCCCCAGCACCAUGGAGCACUGCUGCAGCACAGAGGAUUCAAGUCUGACCAACAGUGAUAUCCUGAUGGACAUAGUCAAUGUGAGCUGCCCUGCUGGAAGCCCGGCCACCGACUGCAAAGACAACAAUACAAAGAAGCAGGAGCAGCCAAUGCUUCGGCUCAGCCAGAACCAGCCAUUUGUUCUCCCACACUUCAACAACUCUCUCCAUGGUCAUAAGCAGGAAAUGGACUCCAAGGAGCUUUCCAAGACUGUGGCUGAGUCUAUGGGCCUGUAUAUGAAUGCUGCCAGGGAGGCAGACUUUGCCUUUAGCCAGCACGGGGGCAGUACCAGCCCUGGGAAGAUGUAUCCAGUGUGUGGGCGGUCUCUAGAGGAGAACCAGUGUGGCUCCACAAAGAGCCCCAAGUUAAAGCCAUUUGGUUUCCAGCAGCCCAGCACCACUCCACGAGAAUGCACCGCUGGGACUCCAGUUAGCUCAGCCACAAUGCUGGCUUCAUCUCUGUCCUGCAGCCCGCAGACCUCCAGCUCCAUCUCAAGCCCCGGUGGAAGCAACAAUAUGGUGUCCUCAACCACCAGUCCUCCUACGUGCUUUGGACCAGUGUGCUCGUCCGUCGGCAGCCCGGUGAGCCAGACGUCUUGUGCCGCAACUCUGGCCAACAUCAAGCGCAGGAAUUCAGCCACAUGUAGCCCUGUAGAGUCCAGCACAGUGGGCUCACCGCCACUCACCAGCCCGCUCAACAUCAUGAGGUCCCCCAUGUCCAGCCCUCAGAGUAUGAGUAGUGUGAGAUCGCCUCCGUCCUGCAGCACUACCUGUAACAUGAGAUCAUCAGUCUCGAGCCCCACAGGCGGCAGCUGCACCAGCACUGCCAACAACUGCAACACAGUAAGGCCCUCCAUCUCCAGUCCGGCCACUGGGGGCGCCAUGGCGGUCAGCAGCCCGCAGAACCCCCCCUCAGGUGGGUUUCCUGUGUCCAGUCCUGCUGGCGGGCUGGGUUUGGUGCAGAACGACACCAACAGCCCAGAGGCGGCAGGUCUGACCAGAGACACGGACUUCAAGAACUUUGAAUUCCCCAAAGUAGAGAUGGUAGACGGGGAGGUGUUCAACGUCGGCUUAGACCAGAUGGGCAUGGUCAAGUACAUCAAGAACGAGCCCGGAACUGACUUCAGGAGCAUGUGUUUAGGCAGCUCCAAAUGUAACGCGAGUAGCACACCUUUUAUCACCCAGAUUAAGAGUGAGCCAAACAAAAAUGAGGGAUGUAUGAACCAACCGCCCUACGGUGAGCAGUCACCAUCUCUUGGUCUCUUCUCUGCGUCUGAGACAACCUAUCUGUCCAUGAGGAAUAACAUUGAUGAAUACAGUCUUUCUGGUAUCUUAGGACCUCCUGUGCCCUCUAUGAAUGGGAACUAUGAACCUGAUGUGUUCUCCAACAAUGUCCUGUCGAAAGGGGUUAAGCAGGAGACCAAUGAUGGCAGCUAUUACCAAGAGAAUAACAGCAUGCCCACAUCGGCCAUUGUUGGAGUUAAUUCCGGUGGACAUUCAUUCCAUUACCAGAUUGGAGCGCAAGGAACAAUGUCUUUCACGCGGCAUGAUGUGAGGGACCAGUCCAACCCUUUGUUGAAUCUAAUUUCGCCCGUAACGGCGUUAAUGGAGUCGUGGAAAUCUCGGCCCGGCAUGUCACAGGGGUCACUGUCAGCCAGAGGCGAGGGAUACCCGGGUCAGAACUGCAUCACGGACAGCUCGCCACUGAGACAACCGUCCUCGACGGCCAAAGUGUGCCUGGUUUGCGGAGACGAAGCAUCAGGAUGCCACUACGGUGUGGUGACGUGUGGAAGCUGCAAAGUCUUCUUUAAACGAGCAGUGGAAGGUCAGCACAACUACCUGUGCGCCGGAAGAAAUGACUGCAUCAUUGACAAGAUCCGAAGGAAAAACUGUCCGGCGUGCCGUGUACGGAAGUGUCUCCAGGCCGGGAUGAACCUGGGAGCACGAAAGUCCAAGAAGUUAGGGAAGCUGAAGGGUGUCAGCGAGGACCUGCAGGGCUCAAAGGACGGCCAGACUGCCACAGGUGGCGUUGGCGGUUACCUGUCCUCAGAGAAGGAGCUGAACGCCAGCGCUGCCAAUGCCCUGGUGCCCCACGGGCCUGGGGUGGUCACACCUUUUCUGCCGCCCUCCAUCUGCAGCGUGUUGGAGCUGAUCGAGCCCGAAGAGGUGUACUCCGGCUAUGACAACACGCAGCCUGACACCACCGACCACCUGCUGUCCAGUCUCAACCGCCUGGCCGGAAAGCAGAUGGUACGAAUGGUCAAGUGGGCCAAAGUACUUCCAGGUUUCCGGGGCCUGCCCAUCGAGGACCAAAUCACCCUGAUCCAGUACUCAUGGAUGUGUCUGUCCUCCUUUUGCCUCAGCUGGCGCUCCUACAAACACACCAACGGACAGAUGCUCUACUUUGCCCCUGACCUCAUCUUUAACGAGGACCGCAUGCAGCUGUCGGCCAUGUACGACCUGUGCCUGGGCAUGAGGCAGGUGAGCCAGGAGUUCCUUCGACUGCAGCUAACCUACGACGAGUUCCUCUCCAUGAAGGUCCUCCUGCUUCUGAGCACAGUUCCCAAAGAGGGUCUGAAGAACCAGGCGGCAUUCGAGGAGAUGAGGGUUAAUUACAUUAAGGAGCUCCGGCGUUCAGUGGGAAAAGCAACCAACAACUCCGGCCAAACCUGGCAGCGCUUCUUCCAGCUCACCAAGCUACUGGACGCCAUGCAUGAUCUGGUGGGGAACCUGUUAGACUUCUGCUUCUACACCUUUCGUGAGUCCCAGGCCCUGAAGGUGGAGUUCCCCGAGAUGCUGGUGGAGAUCAUCAGUGACCAGAUACCAAAGGUGGAGUCCGGCCUCACCCACACAAUCUACUUCCACAAGAAGUGACUCACUUAACAGUUGGGACAGAAGCAGCAUAAUGAACUGAGCGAGACAGGAAGAGAGGAGGAAGGAGUUCAAGACCGGAGGAGAAAAACGUGCGAGGAAGGCCCGACCUGUUCCGUUGGCCUGCGCCCCGUCGCCCAGUAUGCCAGCGUCCUCCUCCUGGAUGGGAAAGUUGAGUGGCGUGGCGACACGAGGAAGAAAGAGGGGAGAGUGAUUUUGACCCCCGCAGUCACCACGAGCGGGUCAGAGCUGUGAAUAGUUGGUCGAGUCGAGCGCGACACGCUGAGAAGGACUUGUGACAAAUGUGACAAAGCAUCCCGCAGUCCCCCUCCGUGGCCCCCCUCCCCGCCCCAAAGACGAUAACAGUAUUUUCUAUGGAGAUAAAGCCAUACAUUUCUUAGGAUGCGCUAGAUACAUUCACUGCGCACACACAAACCCACACAAACCCACACACACACACAGACACGUGGACACAGACAGAGGGAAAUUGAGACACAUGCUGUUCACAUGCCUUCACAGAAACGCACAGAUGCACUCCACAUGCACUAAAAUCAGAACACAAAUCUAGAGAAAAAAGUUUUUUGCAAAAUAUUACCUGUGGCUUAUGCAGUCUUUCAAAAAAAAAUAAUAAUAAUAGCACUAGGAAAAAAAGAAAAUAUGCCAGUAAAUAGAUUUUUGCUUUGCAGUGUAGCAACAUACUGCAAAAAAAAAAAAAACAACAAACAAAACAAACAGGGCAAAGGACACUUUGUGGAGGCACAGAAAUUCUAUGUAGACUGUAAGGCGAGAGGUCUUUUUGAAUAUAUUCCAAGGGCUAUACAAGCGUCAUCAUAAGCUGGAUAAUUACAUUAAAUCUAACAACAAGUUUGAUCUCAAUCGGUGUCAUAACAGCCAUCAUUAACGUUCACAUACUGAGUUUUUUUUUUUUUUAAUUAAAAAAUAUGUAGUGAAACAAUCAAAACUAAUAUGCAAAAGUCCAAAGCUAAAGCUCGUUUUGAAGUAAAAACGUCUCUCUUUGUGUAAAGAAAGCUUGCACGCGAAGCUCCCAUGUCAUCAAGUCACUAUUUUCAGGCAUCGCGGCGUAGAAUUAAGACGAGAAACGGCGGGCGAUUUCACCUUUUUGUGCGAACGUGGUCAGGAGAGCGCUGCAGGAUGGGAAAAAAACAAAAAAAAAAACAAAAAACAUGUAUUCGCGGAAACAAUUUCGGCAGAAGUCGGCGCGUAAUGGAUUUUGACUGAGGUGCAUCCAUAGUAAUUGUGUUUUGUGUUAUCUCCAGAGCAGCUGUCCAAAUGUCUGUUUUUACUCACAAAUGAAGCGAAACCAGCCCUUUGUGAACCAACACUUAUCUACUCUUCCCAGAAAUAAUAAAAAAGCAUUUUAUAAACGUGUGUUGCAAAAGGUUUAGUUUUUGACAAGCCAGUCAUUUUACAUUAAGGUGCUUCAUUUCUACAAAAAGCCAGGCAAAACAUAACAUGUACAGUAACUCGUAGGAAAAAGUCCGUAUUACAGUACACUUGCGUAUGGACACACAGUUUAUUAAACACACAUACUCUGUAAAGUUGAUAUAAUCCAAAAUGGAGCAUUACUCUGCAGUGCUUACGGCAAACGGCUAAUGUAUCAAAAAACCAGGCAAAUGUGUACAGGUAUUAACAACUUCUUAAACACAUUCUAUUCAGCUGUUGUACAGAUGAUGUUUUGAGGUACAUGUUGAUGAGUGCUUGAUAAAGAACUGUUGGUAUGA